GUCUCAGUUGCGCCGACAUUUUGAAGACUGACUCCUCAGAGCUGCUCAGUCACAACUUUUGCAGAAAAAAAGGCCAGAAAUCAACAUAUUUGUGAACUCUGCUCAGUUGAACAGUCUGGAUAAUAAUGGCAACACAGAACACCAACAUCUCAUCUAAAUAUGAUGACAUUGUCUCCAGAAGUAUUCGAAUGUAUGCAGGACCUCCUGCCAUCUACCAGCUGAGACCAAAGAAAGAGAAGUUUGGAACUCUGACAAAAAUGACUGUUGGUGAGAAAAAUCCAAACAAGACCAAUAAAACCAUCUUACUUGUGGGUGAAACAGGAGCUGGAAAAUCUACUCUGAUCAACGCUCUGUUCAACUACAGCAUGGGAGUGAAGUUUGAGGAUGAAGUCUGGUUUCAGAUCGUAGAAAAGGAGACAGGGGGUGACUGUCAAAGUCAGACAACAGAUGUGAUCGUGUAUGAGAUCUUUGGUUUUGAAGAUGAAACUCUGCCCUACUCUCUGACCAUCAUCGAUACUCCUGGAUAUGGAGACACCAAAGGGAUUGAACGUGAUGUCAUUGUCAGCCAAAGAUUAUUUGACCUGUUUCGAUCAGAGGAUGGAGUUCAUGAAGUUCAUGCAGUGGGUCUGGUGAUGAAGGCAAGUGAGAAUCGACUGAGUGACAGGCAGAGGUACAUCUUUGAUUCAGUGAUGUCUCUGUUUGGAAAAGACUUAGAGAAAAACAUUGUAGCUCUGAUCACACACUCAGAUGGAAGAAGACCUAAAAAUGCUCUAAAAGCUCUUAACGUGGCAAAACUUAAAUGUGCCACAAAUAAAAAGAAUGAGCCAGUUCAUUUCUUGUUUGAUAACUGCCAGGACGAAGACCGAACAGAGGAUGAGCUAGACGAACUGAAGCAUUCGUAUGAUGUCACAGAAAAAGGAAUGUAUCAGUGGAUGGACUUCAUAACAGGAAUUGAACCUCAACAGCUGGGCACAACUGUGGAUGUUUUAAAUACACGUAUCACACUGAUAGCCUGCUUUAACAACCUGCAACAGCGGAUUGAGCUGAUUGAUUUAAAGCACAGAAAGAUCCAACAGGCUGAGGAAGUUUUGAAGAAAUAUGAGGAAGACUUGAAAAAAGAUGAAAACUUCACUGUAGAAGUUGAUGAGAUUUACAAGGAAAAAGAACCUGUCGCAGGUGGGAUAUGGUGGUAUAUGUUUUUUGAAGGAGCUGUCUGCUGUACAGUCUGUGAGGAGAACUGUCACUAUCCUGGAUGCACAAUGGCCUGGAAACCUGAACAAUGUGAGGUGAUGAAAGACGGAUGCUGCAUUGUUUGUACCAACAGGUGUCAUGCAUCACAUCAUGUGAAAGAAAAGUGUAUCUAUGUGACUAAAACAAGGAAAGUGAAAAAAACAAUGGAAAUGUUGAAGAAAACAUAUGAAGUAAAGCAACAGGAGAACAUGACCCUUUUGAUGGUUCUUAAAAAACAGAAAGAAGAGCAUGAAGUGGAGAAGAAUCAUUUGCUGGAUGAGGCCUACCAACAUGUUGUCAAGCUGCAACAGAUUGCCCUGAAUGUUAAUUCAGUUUCCACUCACAUUCAUUUGGAUCUCCUGAUAGAGAAGAUGGAGGAGAAAGGAGACACGGGAAAGGUCCAGAAAUUGCUGGCGAUGAGAAGCGGAAUUGAUGAAGGAGUACAGACAAUGCUGCGAUACUGUUAUGGAAAACUAACAUCAGCUGGGAAAGCAGUUAGAGAAGUACUGAAUUAUGCAUCUUCACAGCAGACCGAGACACCUGUGUAGAGUACAAACUCUACAUUUUUCAUUCAAAUGAUUAAAUAUCAAGAAUACACAUUAUUUCACUAUAUCACACUUGACAUUCUUUUGGUUAUUUUAGAAAAUACAGUUGAUUUCUUAACUCUCUAUAUGGAUUACUAUCUUAGAUAUAUCACAUGAUUAAUGAUAUCAUGUGAUUUGAAAGGCUUGUGAUAUGACAUAAAAAGCAGGAAUGUCCAGCAAGCUUACCGGAAACAGAGUCAUCACUGCUGCAUCCUGACAGUAGCUCUGAAGAAGAGGUUACCUUGAUCACCCUAAAAAAACAGCAGAUGAAUAUUUUUGUAAAUAGAAGCUCUUAAUCUAGGUUCAGGUCUGAUACAACUAGUCCUUCCCAUUUUUUUUUUUAAAUUUUAUUGUAUAUUUUUUAUUCUGUCCUCUUUCUUUUUGGUUAAAAAGACAUUAACUGUUUGUGGUCUAUUACAUGAAAACCCAAUAUGUCUUU